GGUUUUAUUAGGUACUAUUUAUAUUUAAUUUUAAAUUUUAGAAUAUUUCUAACCGCACGAUAUACGAUGAACAAUCACGAUUACGGAAUUUCUAAAAUCCCUAGAAAAAUGAUCCAACGAAGAUCCUUUUCCACACACAUUCCUACCAUAAGACAUUUGAUUAUGUAGUUAUAUAUUAUGAAAUUGAAAACUCAAAAACUUGAUUAAUUGGAGAUCGAUGACGCAAAAAGACAUUCGUACAUGAUGUUCGCUUUCAGACCAAAAAAACAUGACGUUAGCGUGUCGGUGCUUCACUGGAAGUCAGAGCUGAGUGCCAUCUGUCUUCGACAUCCAAUAAUCAAUCUAUCCACCUACAACAACUAAAAAUAUAAUGUUUAAUUAAUGAUGGGAAUAAUGACAUAACCCCAUAUGUCAAAAAUUGCAGCAAAAAUCAUGCAUAUAGCCAUUAUUCUCUUCGUUUGUAAGUAAUUUAGCUGCGUGAAUAUGUGGUGGUAUGUGCUAUUUUUCUUGAUCUCCCAUCUCCUUCCACUUUUAUUAUAAAUAAAAGAUUACUAAAAAGAUGGAUUUUACUUUGCAUUUAAAUAAAAUGAAUUUAUAACAUUCUGUAUAUGUAUGGGUGAACGUGUGCGAAAACUCUGCAAUGCUCUUAUUUAUGUGCUAUAUAUAACAAUCAAAUGGUAUAGUAAGAGAAGUAUGUACAUGCAAAAUUUUAAUAAUAAUGUCUAUAUCCAUAGUGUCGGACUAGUAUUUAUGAAGUGAUUAAUUGUAAUUACAAUAAUAAUUACUUUAUAUUUUAUAAGCUAAAUUUUUUAUACAAUUUGUAAACACUGGUCAAAGAAUCAGCACCGUCAAUUUAUUAUUCAUAAUGUCGGACUAAUGUGCCUUUCGCGUUUUUCCCUCAUGUACCCCUGUGCCUUGAGGCUCCCUAUUUAUAUGCAUGCAGCGCUCUAUUUCCACAAAGCAAACCCUCCUUCCUAAAAACCAACUUCUCUACUCUCUCUCCCUCUCUCUAAGCUUGUUAAGAAAAAGUUCUUUUCAUUUCACAAGUACUUAACCAGAGGCUAGCAAGUUUGGUUGCACUGAAAAUGUUGUCAAGGAAAGCAAGUUGUGACUCUCAUGGCCAGGACUCAUCCUACUUCCUGGGAUGGCAGGAAUACGAGAGGAACCCAUAUGAUCAAGUUCAAAAUCCAAAUGGUAUCAUUCAGAUGGGACUUGCUGAGAAUCAGCUCUCGUUUGAUCUUAUUGAGUCAUGCCUCGCAAGCAAUCCCGAUGCACUGGAGUUGAAAAGAAAUAGAGAAUCUGUUUUCAGAGAGUUGGCUCUCUUUCAAGACUACAACGGGUUCCCUGCUUUCAAGAAUGAGAUGGUAGAGUUCAUGGCAAACAUGAGAGGAAACAAAGUAAAAUUUGAUCCAAGCAAGCUUGUGCUCACAGCUGGUUCAACUUCUGCCAACGAAACUCUUAUGUUUUGCCUUGCUGAUCCCGGUGAAGCCUUCCUCCUCCCCAUUCCAUACUAUCCAGGGUUUGAUAGAGAUCUGAAGUGGCGUACCGGAGUUGAAAUUGUUCCAAUAAAAUGCACAAGUGAAAAUGGAUACAAAAUCACUGAGUCUGCAUUGCAAGAAGCCUACCAACAAGCCCAAAAAUUCAACCUAAAAGUUAAAGGAGUAUUGGUCACAAAUCCUUCAAACCCUUUAGGCACAACAAUGACUCGACUUGAACUCAACCACCUCAUAGACUUCGCCAUGGAAAAAGAAAUACACAUAAUAAGCGACGAAAUAUACUCAGGAACCGUCUUCAACUCCCCUAGUUUCAUAAGCAUCGCAGAAGCUCUAACUGAAAGAAACCUAGAAGACGACGAAAUACGGAAUCGUUGUCACAUUGUGUACAGCCUCUCUAAGGAUCUCGGGCUGCCGGGUUUUCGGGUAGGCAUGAUUUACUCCAACAAUCAAACUGUUGUGUCAGCAGCUACAAAGAUGUCAAGCUUCGGACUUGUCUCUUCACAAACUCAGUACACUCUUUCCCAAAUGCUGAAAGACAAGAAAUUCACCGCCAACUACAUGAAGGAGAAUCAAAGGAGGCUUAAAAGGAGAAAGGAGAUGCUUGUUUAUGGGCUCAAGGGGGCAGGGAUUAGGUGUUUGGAAAGCAAUGCUGGGUUGUUUUGCUGGGUGGACAUGAGGCACCUUUUGAGGUCCAACACUUUUGAAGCUGAAAAGGAGCUUUGGAAGAAAGUGGUAUGUGAAUUCGGGUUGAAUAUCUCUCCCGGUUCUUCUUGCCAUUGCUCUGAACCGGGUUGGUUUAGAAUGUGCUUUGCAAAUAUGUCUGAAGAAACCCUAAUGGUUGCAAUGCAACGUGUCAAGGCCCUCGUUGACUCCACAAUUGUUCACCAGCAAACAGGACUGUCCAAAUCUAGGGGGUUAAAGAGCAAGUGGGUUUUCCAAUUGGCUUCAUAUGAGCAUGAACCAGAACGUUAGUUAAUUAACUAAUUAAUCCUGUGUGACAUAUUGGAUUUAUUUGGUUUGCUGAUAAAUGUAGAGAUUAAGCAGGUGAUGCUUGCAGAUUAUGUUUUCAUCACCAUAAAAUGUAGUUAAUUAUUGUACUUAUUCGUUGUAUUUUGUGUGGUAUUUUUUAUUCGUAAGAAUGAUAGUCCACGGCACGUUAUUGGAAUAAAAUGAAAAUGUAGUCUCA